AUGGAGCCAACGGAGUCUCCUGCGGACGUUGUCCACCCCGAAGUGCGGGCUCACAUCACAAGUCUUGUGUCUGCACUCGGUGGCACCGACGAAGACGGACAAUACCAGCUAGGUGACGACGCCCUGGACGUACUCCGCGACAUCAAGAAAUGGAUCCGGUUCUACGACCAGAAGCUAAACCGCAUGGACGUGGCCCGCUGCCUCGCCGACACCAAUCUCGUGGGCGGCGAUCUGUUGCGCAUCCUGGCAACCUGGCAUGAGAACGCGACGGCCCAGCGGUUCAAGGCCCGCGUGGCGCUAGCCUGCUACGAGGUGCUGACGCCCCUGACCUGGCCGCUCGAGACCGACGUCGAGACGGCCACGGUCAACCACUACCGCCAUCUGCCCGUGCUGCAGCUGGCCCAACUGGCCUACAAGCGGGCCAUCAUCAACUUUGAUGGCGCCCAGAUUCUGCACACGGCCGUGCGUGUGGCCCUGCCAGCCAUGGCCGUGCCGCUGGCCGACCGCUCCAUGCGCGACCAGGCCAUCAUCCGCCUGGUGCUCUUCUUUCUGCGAAAUGUCGCCAUGAUCGAGCCGCCCGCCGGCGUCAAGUACGACGGCGACGAGUCACAGGUGUCCCGGUCCGCCACCAUCGACGCCUUCUCCUACCAGGACAUCCUGCUGCUGCUGCUCACCAUGGCCUCCAACAUGGGCGACGACUUUCGCACCGAGGACGCCACCGUCAUGGAGAUCGUCUUCCACCUCAUCAAGCGCGUCGACGUCCAGAAGCUCUUCAUGGACGAGGCCCAGCUCAGCUCCACCAAGGCUGAAGAGCUGACCGCCCUGAUGCACAAGGAGGCUGCCAUGCUGCAGUCCUUCCGCCCUCAUGGCCCCACCCGUCACAGCCGCUUCGGCACCAUGGUCUGGGUUGACCGCGGCGAGGGCCGCAUGUCUGCCCUCUCCGGUCAGGACGCCCUGGUCAGCGCCUCUGCCCGCGAGCUCAAGAUGGACACGUCCAAAAAGUUCCGUCCGCCGCGUCGACCACGCCGCCGCCGUGACGAGAAGCAGGAGCUCAUGGGCCUUGGGCCCUCGGUGUCGCUUAACGCUCGCGCCAACGGCCAGCUGCGCCACUUCGUCGACGAGCUGCUCGACUCCGGCUUCAACCCGCUCUUCCUGCAAGCCCGCCGCAGCAUCGAGCGCGAGGCCCCGCACAUCCAGCACCACCACCGUGCCCAGUUCCUCUACCUUGUCGCCUGGUUCCUUGAGGCCGAGCGCGCCCGCUCCAAAGCCGCCGCCCAGAAGCGCGGCCGCAAAGAUCCCACAGGCGAUGUCAGCUCGUUUAAUCUCGUCGCUGGCGCGCUCAACCAGGAGAUGUUUAUCUUCCUGAAUCGGGUGCUCGACCAGGCCCAGAACGACAAGGACUGGGCCGAGCUGACGGUGGUCAUGCGCUGCUACACGCAAAUCCUCCUGACAGUGCAGCAGAUGAGCGAGUCGAGGAGCGAGGAGGACGAAGAGAUCGCUGAGAACAUCCUGAGCCGGCUAUUCUACGAGGAGGCCACGCACGACGCCGUGGCCAACCUAGUCAAGAACUACAAGGACCAGGGCUACGAGUACCUCGACGCCUGCACGGAGCUCGCGCACACCUACCUGCGCAUCCUGGAGACGUACUCCAAACAGAAUGUUGAUCUGCAGGUACGAUCACGGCGGCGCACGCGCAAGAAAAAGGCGGCCAAGAAGGCGGUCAAGACGACGGCAGCGACCGACAGCGCAGGCAACGGCGACGACAACGGCGAGGAGGCAGCAGAAGACGAGCAGCAGCAAAACGACGACGAAGACGACGAGUCGGGCAACGACGAGGCGCUGGCACAGAAGACCAGCACGGAACGCAAGUUUGACUUUUCACGGUUUGCCAACCGGUUCGCCGUGCAGGGCGUCAUCGACACGUUUGUCAAGUUCACGUCUAACUACAACGACCUGACGGAGGCACAGCUGAAGCCCGAGCGCACCGGUACUUUUACCGAAUCGCGUUCAAGCAAGAGAUGA